AUGCCGCGCGACACGCAUACGUUGACGCCGGCACAGAAGGCGGCGUUCAAGGAGGUGUUUGGGUUCUUCGACCUCAACAAGGGCGGCACAAUCACGCAGGGCGAGCUGUACACGCGCGCCCGCCAGCUUGGGCUGACAAUUGAGGAAUGGGAGGUGCACGAGGCCAUGAACGAGAUCGACCCGCAGCAUCUCGGCCACGUCUCCUUUGAAGCUUUCCUCAACUACAUGACAAGCAACCAAAAGUACUCCGAGACACUCACCGCAAACAAGCCCGCGUCUGCCAAGGUUCCCAAGGAGGCGCUGUUGUUUGUGGCGGUAACCAAGUUUGUGCAAUGCCACAAGCAUUCGAGCAUCGGAAGCAAGAAGGCGCGGCACAUGGCCGAGCUGGAGCGCUACUACCGUAACAAAGCAAAGCACCAUCCACACGUCAUCGGCGACUUUGCGGCCGGGUGGCGCCUCGUCGGGCUCACACAGCGCGAGUUUCAGAAGCAUUGGAUUGACCUGAAGAGCGAGAACAAGGCGGCGGGCAAGGCAAGCUCAUCCCCAUAUGCGCAGGCGCCGUCCAUGCGCCUGUUUGUGAACACGACGCCGAACGAGCACAAGCGAUCUGGAUCCCGUGGAUCAUCGCGCAAGCGGAGGGGAAAGCGCAGCAGGCUGAAACACAAGAGCAAACAGCAGCAGGAACAACAGCAGCAGCAGCAGGACGAAGGGCGCGAUGACGGGGGUGGUGGGAACAGUGGUAGCGGCCGCACGGGGCAGCCGGUCGUGAUCGUGGUGGACAGCGACGGUAACACCAGUGAUGUUGCGGAGGCGAGCAGGGGCGCAGUUGGCGUGCCCACCAUUUGCAUGACAGAGUGUGACGAUGAAGGUGGUGAUGGUGAUGAUGGUGGCACUGACAGUGCUGGCACUGGUGCCAACACUUCAGGCAAACCACACAACCAGCAGCAGCGUGGCGACGCCACAAAACAUGACAACAACAACAACAGCAAUGACUGCAGUAGGGGUGGCGGCAGCCGGAUAUCGCUGAAUGUGGACGAGUGCACUGCUGUUCUUCUCACUGCAAAUCGCAUCGGCAACAAUAACGAUGGUGGUGGUGGCAACUGUCAGGACUCGUGUGCAUCACAGUCACCAAAUUCACAUCCUGGUAUGGACCCUGCGACGAACAGUGACGAUAUCGGUGCUGCUGACACGAACACAACGCCUGACAGUGAAGCCACACCAACGAACACGUCAUCGUCAUCGUCAUCGUCAUCGUCAUCGUCAACAUCACCGCCGUCACCGCCAUCGCGUGCACGGGGACGCUCGUCGCUGGCGGCCAAGACGUCGCACCUGUCGAUUGCGUCGCUCGGGUCCAUUGUCUCUGAUUCGCGUCGCAGCUCCCUCGCUUCCCGCCAAUCGUCCAUGCUGCCACCACCAGGCCCGCCCCACCACCAACACCACCAGCAGCUGCAACACCUUCAACACCACCCGCAGCAUCUCUCUGUCAGCGACGUGCCACCACGCCCGCCGCCAUGGACGACAGUGUCGCAGGAUCCACAGCAGAAGCAGCUGCACCGCAGCCGUUAUCACCGCCGCAGCUACUGCCUACCGCACGUGCCCAUGCGCGGGGGCCGGCGUGGCCCGGGAGCACCCCCACUCAAGUUCACCGACCUGCCCGAGAUUCGACGCAAGGCGGACGAGGCGAAGAAGUCGUUCUUGCACGGGCAGAGCAGGAAGGGCGAGACGCUGCUCAAUGAGCAGUGGCGCAAGACGCGCGCAGACACAAUUGCGUCGCCCAUGCUCAAGCGUCGACUCCGGCGAACGUUCCAGGCGUACACGGGGACAGCCACCAAGCGCCACCCGCACAAGUAG